ACCCUUCCUCUCCCCCUCAUCUCACCACUACCACCUUCCACUUCUCCCAUCUUCUGAAAUCUGAGCCUCCCUUCUUUCCACUCUGUUGACACCACAACUUCUCUCCUACAGAUAUCUCCAGAAUGGCUCUCAGGAAAUCAAACAAACUACCUCAAACAGCAGUCAUCAAGCAGAUUCUCAAGAGAUGUUCAAGCUUAGGCAAGAAACAAGGGUACGACGAUGAAGGUCUUCCAGUCGACGUACCAAAGGGCCACUUUGCAGUCUACGUCGGGGAGAAGAGAAGCAGAUACAUUGUCCCCAUUUCCUUACUCACUCAUCCAGAGUUUCAGAGCCUCCUCCAGAGAGCCGAAGAGGAGUUCGGCUUCGAUCACGACAUGGGUCUCACUAUUCCUUGCGAAGAAGUCGUUUUCCGCUCUCUAACUUCCAUGCUCAGAUGAAAGAUUACUGUUGUCGGUGUUUUAGGAGAGAGGAUGACAAAGACGAAGCUGCAUCAUAUCACUGCUUCUCUUUUUUUCUCCCUCUCUCCUCUCUCUCUCUCUCUCUCCUUUUACUUCUCAUUUUGAUCUCUUCCCUUCUUUCGUUUUCUUUUCUUUUUGUACUUCCUUUUUCUGACCCAAGACAUAUGAACCUUUUCUGGGUUAGAUUUGUACAUUUUAAGCCAAGAUUUUCCUCACAGUGGUGUUUGUGUUGCGCCCUGCGAGAGACUAAUGAAACUAAAGUGGGUGAAUUCCCUUUUCCUAUUCUCA